AUGCACUGGUCCUCUCGUGACGCACAGGAGUUUGAAGGUCGCAUUUACGACGUCACAUUUAGAGCACUCGACAUAAAGUUCCAGAGUCUUCUCGAGGACGGUUUGCGAGCUCAAUUCAGCUUCAGCUUCGAAUACACAAUAGAAGACGCCGAAAUCUCGAUGGCCGUAGACAACCUUUGUGGGAGCCAAGGCCAACACUUCAAGGAUAUGCUGAUCGAGAUGAUAACCAUCCGAGACCCGCACUUCGAAAAGAAAUACCGGCAUCCAAAUGAUACAUCACGUUACGCAACGCUUGGCUAUCGUUUCGACGAAACGCAAUUUACGAGGUUAGCAGUAGAUAUAGGCAGACAGACCUGUUCUUUUGACUGGAAGGCGUUUCUGAACCACUUCUAUCAGACCAUCUCUUAUGUCCAAGCACAAACACCAUCCAAAGAAAUCAUAGGCGACCUUGACAAGCAGUCCCUCAGAAACUUGCGCCUCCCAGGAUACAAACACAGCAACACGUACGAGGGUUCCUAUCAAGAGUGUAGGGGAAAGUGGACGAGCAAGUUUGGUGAAGAAGACGACGAUAGUUAUACAGAAGCCUGGUUUAGUCGCCUACGAUCCGUUUACGACCAAGCAGGAUUGGAAUUUGACCCCAACAACCUUUACAAUGGUUUUGACGAAGCUCAGGUUCGGACUUACGGGAGAUCUACAUACGCCCAAAUGAGAUGGGUGAGAAACUACAGGCUAUUCGAAGACUACUGCUGCAGACACAAAAUCACCGAACUACUGCUAGACCUCGAAAAGACCAAUACAAGCAACAGUGACGUGGCGGUUAUGGUGGGCUCGGCCAAUGAAGUUCAGACAGUUGACAGUCUUGACGAUGUCGACCAAGAGGGCGAAGCGGAACUGGAUGAGUAG